CGGUUAUAUAACAAAAAGAUGUUCGGUUGUAUAAACAUCGGUCGCGAAAGAAAAAAUUAUUUUAGGUUGUGUAUUUUUUUUACAAAUUUUUCCAGAAAAAACUGCAAAAGAUGAAACGUUCAAUUGAUGCAACAGAUCUGCAGACAUUCUUAAAAGAUGGGAGUGAACCGGAGCCAAAGGUAAUGUUGGUUGAAAGGGAGGAAAAACCAGGGGGUAUUUCUCUUGUCAACCCAAAUGCUAUAGCUAAAAAAUCUUAUACCGACUCCAUGGAGCUGUCAGAAGGACUCUCAAACGUCAACACUGCAAUGCAUGCAAAUGCUAGAAAUAAAUUGGACGUUAUUGGAAGACAAAUGAGAAAUCUUCAAGAUCUAAUGUCAAACGUAUUUGAGGAAACUAAACUCAGCAUAGAACUUCAUAAUGUAGCCUGUAACUUUGUGAAGAAACCUGGACACAUUUAUCACUUGUAUGAAAAAUCCUCAGGCCAAAAAUAUUUAGGAAUGCUAUCUCCUGAAGAAUGGCAAAACGCCCCCCACAACUACUUAGGCAGCUACAUGUUGGAAUCGGAUUUAAAUUGGACACCCGCAAGGUCAAUUGAUGGUAGAUAUGAAGGUGUGAAUUUUUUAAAACAAUUCUUUGGGAUACCCCACUUACAAGCUUUAUCAUAACUGUAGGAAAUAAAACGAAUAAAUCACUUGUAAAUAA